AUGUUAUCUCGUCCACAAAAACCAACAUUACGUGAUUUCUUAUUAAUGCAUUCACAAACUCGUAGCCAUUUAUGUACAGAUGAAGAAAUUUUUGAUCCAAGCAAGCAACUACCACAAUUAACAUCAUUUGAAAAGUCUACGCUCAUGUCAUGGUCCACAGAUUCAAAUGUUGAUCGAGGUCUCAACCUGUAUAUAUUAAUACAUUUUCUGUCUGGAAUCAACAACAAUUCUUAUUAUUACCACUAUGUUAAUAACGGUAAUUCAGAUGGUACAAAUUUGUUUGGACAUAUUAUAGGAACAUCAGGUAGUGGUAAAUCAACAGCUUUGGCUCCUCAUUUGGAUGCUCUGGGUCGAACUUUGACACAAAUGGAUAUAAAUCAGGAAUACAUUCAAUAUGCGAACGAUAAAAACGGUUUAUCAUUUGAUCUACCAUUCAUCAUUUCAAAUGCAACUGCUCUGCAUAUAUAUCGAAGCUUAACGUUUGGCAAUCGUUUGUUAUGUUCUACCGAGUGUGAUACGUUACUGUCUAAUUUGGGUGUGUAUGGUAACCAAUUUAACGAUUCACGAUUCGCCGAAAAUGUAAAUAUGCUUAUUCAAAUGUUCGAUGGUACUAAACAACAAAAUCGAUCAACUCUGUCAACAUCAUAUAGUAUUCCAGACGGACGGCGUGCUUCCAUCAUUGGUGCAAGUGUUGGUGAUCCAUAUGCAUAUGUGUCUUCGCAACAUUAUGAAGGUAAGGGCAUCAGUGGUGCUCAUAAUCGAUUUACUCAUUAUCCAUGUCCGAUAAUGAAAGCUAUCAAAACCAAUUCUGGUUCGACCGGUGUGAUCUCAAACAUGGUUCCGUCUCUUCAACAUGUCUAUACAGUUUCCAUCUUGCUUGGAAAAGUUGAAUAUGUGGCACGACAGAAUGUCUAUGAUAAAUCUGAACGAAAACAUAUAAAUGUACUUAAUCCGGAUGUGGAGGAGAAAUGGAAUCGAUUGCGACCUACGGCCAACCGUCAAUACUAUUAUUCAUCAUCACAAACCGAAAUUGAAUUUGAAGAACUUGAAGCUGAUGCUACACCUGAACAAAGCAAAAGUGCUUAUUAUUAUAUGUUUAAUCGGGUUUACAAUCAGUGGCAAGAAGCAACAUCAACAGAAAAACAGGAACAUGAAGCCAUUAUUGAUUUCAAGAAUUCAACAAAAAUUCCUCGGUAA